AUGGAUGACAUGGAGCAAGCCAAUGAAAAUAACCGAGAGUUUCUGUUAGAGCAGCUUGCUCAGGCGUUUCUUGAAUUGGAAGCUCAGACGGGCUCUUCUGAGGAUAAGGUUCAAUGGGUUGAAAUUAAGCAACAUUUUUCUGACCUUGAGACGAUAUUGAACAAGAAACAUGAAGAGCUGCAGGCUAAGGAGAGGGAGUACGAAGGGAAACAAUUAGAAACAAAUACAAUACUCACACAGAGAAAGGCGGCAGUUACUUCAAAAGAACAGGAUCUAUUAGAUCGUUUGCAGGAGCUUAAAGAUGCCGCUGUAGCUUCCAUUGUAGAGGCUCGUGCAAAUCACCAGACUGCACCUUUGGAGUUUGUGUAUGAUGGGGAGAACAAAGAUAAUAAGGUAAGUAGUUCCCCCGAGAACUCUCCAUAUAAGUCUGGUGAAAAGUCUGAAGAUGUGGCUAAUGACGUUACGCCACUUCUAGAGAUAAAAAUAUUUUGUGAGAAAAUGGAUGGGAAUGGUCUUCUGGAUUAUGUUGUGGCGCAUAAGAAAAAAGUGUCUGUUUUUCGUGAAGAAAUUUCUGUUGCAUUAGAAAGUGCAAUUGAUCCAGCACGUUUGGUGCUAGAUUUACUAGUGGGGUUUUAUCCCGCCAAUGACACUACCCAACAAAAAGAUAAAAUGGGUGCUGCCCUUCAGGGCAAGCGCAAAUCCUGUAUUCUAAUUUUGGAAGCCAUGGCCAGUUUAUUGGCAAGGGCUGACCCAGGUGCAGAUCACCUUUUGAACCCUGAAACCAAGCAGCAAGCCAAGGCAAUUGCUGAUGAGUGGAGGCUCAAGUUAGCUAGUGCAGACAUUGAUGCUGCCAAUGGAAACUCAUUGGAAGCAGAGGCAUUCUUACAGCUUCUUUCAAUUUUUAGGAUUGCUUCAGAGUUUGGUGAGGAAGAACUCUGCAAGCUUGUACUUGCAGUUGCUCAGAAUAGGUCGGCACCUGAGCUCUGCCGCUCUAUUGGGUUAACUCACAAAGUACCAGCUCUUGUCGAAAUAUUAAUCAACAACGAGAAACAGAUUGCGGCUGUACAUUUUAUUCAACUCUUCCAGCUCCAAGAAAGCUUUCCCCCUGUGCCUCUCCUGAGGACAUACCUCAAAAACCAAAGGAGAAAUUCACAAGUAAAGGCUGAUAAUGUGCGUGAUAUUGCUACUGCAAAGAUUGAUGCCAAUGCACAAGAGCUUGCUGCGCUGAGAGUUGUAAUUAAGUGCAUCGAAGAAUACCAGUUCGAAUCCGAGUAUCCACUUGACACACUUCAUAAAAGGGUUCAUCAACUAGAGAAAGCAAAGACAGAAAAACGGAGAGGUGGAGAGUUUUUUAAACGUCCACAACAAUCAAAGAGGCCAAGGCCGAAUGAGAGGCAUUUCCCUCUCCGAUCUUCUGGUCGUGGUGGCGGUGCUUCAGGUGUUGUUACAGGUAGGCAGUUACCCCCAGUUAGGACAGCAUAUGCAGGAACUGCUGAUCGAUAUCCCCAUUAUGCUGCAGUCGCACAUAAUUAUCAAGUUCCAGGCCAAGCUAUGUACACUCCGCAGCCUAGUGCAGCUCCUUCUAACUAUGGUCGAUAUAUAGGUAGUAGUUUGCAAUCCUCACACCAGCAUUACAUGUGA